AUGUCUUCCACCACGAUGCAACCCACGCCAGCUCUAUCCGAUGCCGCCGUCUCCUCCCAAUCUAAGACCGGGACGACGGCCGCCGGGAGCAGAACAUCGCCCGCCUACUUCUCGUCGUACGCCUUCGCCCUGCACUCGGUGCCGAUGGCGUACAUGCUCUCGGUCCCGCCGCACGCGUACCUGUUCGCCCGACUGAUGAAGGCGUCCGGGUACGCGUACUCGAACCUGGUGCCGCGGGCGCAGCUGCCGACGCUGGCGCCGACGCUGCCCAAGGCCACGGCCGACAUGCUCUGGCGCGCGCGGGGGUGCCACCUGAAUGCGCUGGAGGGGUUUCCUCUGUUUGCGGCUGCAAUGAUCGCAGGCACCCACGCCAAACUCGACGCCAGGGAGCUCAACACCUGCGCGGCCGAGUACCUCGUCGCCCGCACGCUGUACAGUGUCCUGUACAUGACCGUGCGCGGCGAGCGGGCCAGCUACCUGCGCUCGGCGGUCUGGGCGUGGAGCUUCGGCAUCCCGGUCUACGUGCUCUGGAAGGCCGGCAAGAGGUUCGUCGACGGGGGUGACGGGGCCGCCGAGAAAGAAAGGGAGAGCCUGUAGAGAAUGGAGCGGUGGGGAAAUAUUCAAGGGGGAAGAAGGGAAGGCUGGGAAUAUGGACGGGAUUGUUGUGUAAGAGAAAGACGCGGCGCGGAUUGGGAUCAAAUGCGGCUGGAUACAUACAGCCCAAGGCAUUAACGUCGGAAAAAGUGUAUGAAAGCGGGAAUCUCAGCAGUGCGAUCCGUUAA